ACACUUCUCGUAUCGAAACCCACUUGAAAUUUUAACUUAUUAAACAAAAAUUAUAAAAUGUUUUUGGCCUCUAGAUUGUUAACCCAUGUUGGCAAACUGCCUCCCAAGGUCCAGCAGCUUGGAUAUAUCAACCGAGGUCUCAAGGUCGCCGUUGUGGGAUCGGUGGGUGGAAUCGGUCAGCCGCUGUCCCUUCUUCUCAAGCAAAAUCCGCUAAUCUCAACCCUGUCACUGUACGACAUUAAGAAUACAACCGGAGUUGGAGUAGACUUAUCUCAUAUCAACACCCGGGCUUCAGUGUGCCCAUUCGAGGGUAAGAAUGGUUUAAAAAAAGCUAUGGAUAAGGCUGAUAUAGUGGUGAUACCGGCGGGUUUGCCACGUAAGCCCGGAAUGAAGCGCGAAGAUUUGGUGGACGUGAAUGCCAGCGUUGCCUGCGAAGUGGCUUUUGCGGCUAGCGAAGUUUGUCCCGGUGCCAUGCUUGCCUUCAUCACGAACCCCAUCAAUGUGAUAGUACCCAUCGUGGCCACGAUCCUUAAGGCAAAGGGUACAUACGACCCGAAUCGACUAUUCGGUGUCACCACUCUGGAUGUGGUACGAGCCCAGACCUUUGUAGCGGACAUUCUCAACGUUGAUCCACAGAAAGUGAAUAUACCCGUAAUCGGUGGCCAUACAGGUCGGACCAUCCUGCCCAUCCUGUCGCAGUGUGAUCCCCCCUAUAAGGGUACCGAAAAGGAGCGCGAUGCGCUGAUCCAACGCAUCCAAAAUGCGGGCACAGAGGUAGUUAAUGCCAAGGAUGGCCUGGGAUCGGCCACCCUAUCGAUGGCCUAUGCAGCCGCUCAGUUUGUAAGCUCGUUGAUAAAGGGUAUCAAGGGUUCGAAGGACGAGUGCAUUGUGGAAUGUGCCUAUGUGGAGUCCGAUGUCACGGAGGCCGAGUUCUUCGCCACCCCACUGAUACUGGGACCCCAGGGUGUCAAGGAAAACACAGGAUUGCCCGAUUUGGACGAUGACGAAAGGCAAGCUCUAGAUUGUAUGCUACCCAUUUUGAAGGAGAGUAUCGCAAAGGGCAUCAAAUUGGGCGAGGGUAUGAUGAGCAGUUGCGCAUAGAAAUGGAGAUAUAAUUUACAUUAACAGAUUAUUCCGAUUUUGGUUGUCUUAAUAAAUUAUA